AUGGGGAGAGAGGGCAAUGACCAUGAUGUGAGGCAUUCCUCCAUUGCCUUGCUGCAAGAGAGAUUCAAGCAGCUGCAGAGAGUGAAGGAGAUGAGGGAGGAGAGGGAGUUCUCGAAACUGGCCAGACAGCCGCACGAGGUGCCCGACCGGACCACCCCGGGUUAUCAGCAGUAUGAGAAUCCGCCGCUCUUCCGCGGCGAACCGAGGCUUCCUCAGCAUUCGCCUCCGCAGGCUCCUUCCUCCCUUUGUCCGAGCACAGUGGAUCAUUACUCCAAUUAUCGGCGAGCGGAGAUCCCUCUCCUAGCAGACUUAAUGUCCUCCAGACCGAACUCGAACCGCAAUGUCUCUGAUAAAUGUGAUCAAGCCUAUGAUUGUGAUGAUGUGGACACUUCUCUUCAUCUGUAA